AUGACUUGUUCUUGGAAGUUCUUGGCUGGUGGAGCAGCAGAACAGAAAUUCAGCCCUUGUCCUUGUCCUCCGCCUCACCCUCAUCCUACUCCUCAUCCUGGUCCUCGACCUCCUCCUCCUCAUCCUUGUCGUUCUCCUUGUCCUCACCCUUGUCCUACUCCUUGUCCUCAUCCUCCUCCUCGCCCUCAUCCUACUCCUCGUCCUGGUCUUCAACCUCCCCCUCCUCGUCUAGCCCUUGCCCUUGUCCUCGCCCCAUCCCAGGGCGCAGCAGGGUGCUACCAGUUGCUCCCAGCGGGGCCACGCUGGCGCUGCAGCAUGCUCCGCAGCAUGCAGAGGGUCUUGGGGCUGUUCAUUAAGCAGCGGCAGAAGUUGCCCUCCUGCAGCCCUUCUGGGCAGCCCCGCGCUGCCGCCACCGCCGCCGCUGCCUACAAGCUCCAGGAGAAGGACCUGGGCAGGCUGCACCGCAGGGCUGCCCGUGGUGACCUGACCUGGCUGAGGCGCUGGCGCUGGUGGGUGAAGAGUGUUGGCAUCGACAAGCGAGACAAGGAGAAGCGGACACCUCUGCAUCUCGCUUGUGCAAACGGCCACGUGGAUGUCGUUAGAUUUCUCAUACAAGAGAACUGCCAGCUGAACCUUGCCGACAAUUUCAAGAGAUCACCACUGAUGAAGGCAGUACAGUGCCAGCAAGAAGAAUGUGUGGCUGUUCUGCUAGAGCAUGGUGCUGAUCCAAAUCUGGUAGAUGCUGAUGGCAACACUGCCCUUCACCUGGCUGUCCUAUCUCCUAACACAGCUGUAGCAGGGCUGUUACUUGAGCAUAAUGCCCAUAUGGAUGCUCAGAACCAGGAGGGACAUACCCCCCUUAACCUUGCUGUUUCCAAACAUCAUGAGGAGAUGGUAGAGCUUCUUCAAAAAAAAGGAGCUGACAGGUGUGCUCAAGAUCAGUGUGAAAGUAAGCUACUGCUAGAAGAUAUGGACAGCGUAAAUACAGAAGAAUCUUCUGCAGCUAGUGCAGAAGACAAUGCAUUUCUCUGCAGCUCCUGCCCUGUGAGGACUGCUGACUCAACCUGGGCUGCCCUUGCUCAGGACAGGGCAGUUGCCCUGCCAGCGGGAGAUGCAGCCCAGGAAGAAGGUGCCAGAUCUCCCAGACAUUUCGAGGACAGGAUCACACAGCUGCAGCAGGAGCUUCUCAAUGCUCUUAAAAAGCAAUCUGUGUCAGAGGCUUUACUGGAAACUACUGAGAACUACAACAGUGAGCUGGAGGAAGACAAGCUGCGCCUGCAAAAGGAGUUGGACAGGGUUGAAACUGAAUUGCGGGAGUUGGAAGAACAGCAUCUUCAGUCUGAGCAUCGUGUUCACGACUUGAAGGCCAGCUUAGAUAAUAAGGAAAGAGAAGUCAUAGCUUCUUCCCAGAAACUGCAGGACCUCCUAUUGGCAUCUUCUGGGACUAAUACCACUAUAAAACAACUGGAAGAGCACGUGCAACGCCUCGAAAUUGAAAAUGCCAGACUGGAAGCCACAGUCCAGCAACAGAGCAAUAGGAUUGAAGCCCUUCAGAGAGACCUGCAAGCUUCUGCCUCAGUUUAUAACCGCCUGGAAGACUUGAUAACUGGCUUACGAACAACACAAGCAGCUGCAGAGGACCACCAGCAGCAGAUGCAAAAGCAGAACGUGCUGACUCUGACAUCAAAGGACUUGCAUAGCAUGAGGGAAGAGCAAUUGAAGUCAAGAUCCCACCUUGAAGAGCGUGUUGCUCAGCUUGACAGGGAAAAGGCUGAGCUCUUGAAACAGUGUGAGAAUGGAAGAAAGAAAGUGAAGAAGCUGGUAGAGUUGAAACGCCCAGUCGAACUGCGCCUGGACCAAGAAAUGAAAAGAAACAUCGAACUGCAGAAAGACUGUAAGAGGUUGAAGAGGCUUCUGAGCAGAGCUAUGAAGAAACUAAGGGUAUAUGAGGAGAGAGAGUCCCAGCUUAAUUUGCAGGGAGAAAUGAAGAACAGGUAUUCUGAAAUGGUCAAUGAAGUUGAUAGGUUAAGAACAAAGGUUGGUGAACUUUCCCAGCAGCUGGAGAUAGAGUCAAAAAAAUGCAUGCAGCUAGAAGCACAAAAUCAGGAUUUGCGAGAAGAGUUGUCCACCAUGCGUGGGAACCAUGAAAAACUAGAGAAGAGCAAAUGCCAACUGAAAGAAAAGGUGGCUAACCUCAAAUAUCGUUUGGAGACUAACAUGGUGGAUCACAGCCAAAUAGAACAAUAUAAAAGAGAGAUGGAAGAACGAGCUGACCAAGAAAUAAGACAAAAACUACAAGAAGUGAAUCUGUUUUUGCAGACGCAGGCAGCCUCCCAGGACAGAUUAGAACAAAUCAGAGCCAGUCACCAUGCUUCACUGAGAAGCCAGCUGAAACACAGAAUUAAAGAUCUUGAAUGUGAAUUGGACAGGAUAAAAAAUACCCAACAAGACAGUAUUUUUCAAAAAGAAUCCACGCAGGCAGAAGUGGAAAGGUACAAAGAGCUAUAUCUGGAGGAAGUAAAAAUCAGAAGAGGCCUAGCAAAUAAACUGGAAAAAGCUAAUGAGAGACUAGCAGAAGCCAAUGCUAAGCUCCUUCAGGAGCGCCAUAGAAGCAAAUCUUUAAUCACGAGCAGCAUUGUCAGUGGAGGUCUGGCUGCAAGUCCAGUUCUGUAUUCAACUGAACUGGGACAUCUUGGCAACAGUUUGGCACUGAACAGAAGUCUAAGUCUAGGAGGAAGCUUCCUAAGCCCAACGCAUUAUCAUCAAGAAACAGGGUUGAAGCCUAUGUAG